UUAAUGGAAUGGUUUAUCAGAAUCUGAUCAUUUGGUUCCCUGAUGAUGCAGAUAGAAAAUAUAUAAACGGCCACACGUCGUCGAAAAACUGUAUUGACAACGGCGGUCGAUUGGUGGAUAUUGUGGAUAAAGCGAUGUACGACGUGGUUUAUAACUACUGUCGAGACACGGUCGUAUUCGGAUCAGAUGAUUUUGUUCGUAUUUGGCUCGGUUCAAGUUACAACACAACGACUGAUAUAGUGACUCAGAGCAACGGGAAACCUGGUUAUCAUGGAGAUUGGUACCCUGAUUUUCCGACUAGAGUAAGCGAGACGAGCACACGAUUGUUUCUUUUCGUCAUACCACCAAGUUCAACCAGCAAAUACCACGGAUUGCUCAACUAUCCUCCUACACUUAAAAGUGCCGUUGUACAAUUGUGUUCGACUAACUUAAUGUAACUUAGCAUAAGUUAAGCGGUGGAUGAAUUAAUACUUAGUCUUAAAUGGAUGAAUGCAUGGCCUAUACUAAAAAAACUGGUUUUAUAGGACAAAACCAAACUGUACAAAAUAUUCAAUGUUGUUUUAUAAAUCUAGUUUAAUCGUUCACACUCAUCACAAACUACAACGUUUAAUCGGCUUUACUGUGUUUUAGUGAGCAUUUAAGGUUAGCACCUCUUUCGCAUUUUUUACCGGUUCAAAAUGUACUGUUUUCAUUUUUUUAUGUAUUUUUUUAAUACUUAAAAGCAGUAAUCAGCUUUGACGCUCGUUUUUUAAAGUCGUGAUAAUACUGUCGAAUAAUUAUGUAACAUUAUUUUUCUGAAAAUUAUUUACUAUUUAUUUUAUCAGGUAUUUAUGUACGUGCGUGUGUUGUCGAACUGGUAAACUUACUAUUUUUAAUUGCUGUAAAUUAAUAAACGUAUUACGUAUGAUAG